UUUUUGCGAAAGAUAAGGCGCAUUGUCUAAUGUCCAUACAUUUAUGACUCAUUUGUAUCCCACAAAAAUCACAACAUAUGAGCAUUUUAUAUAUCAGUAUGAGUAACCUUACUAGUAAUAAUUUUAAAUAAAGCUACUAAGUUAAGUAUCCGUCAUUAUGGGUGGGUACAGAAAAUCCAGGUCCGGUUCGGGUCCAAAGGAUCAGGUCUAGGUUUUUCCGAAUUUUUUCAUGUCAGAUUUUUUGUACGAUCUGAGUUCUGGCAGGUGACGAAAACGCGUUUUACACCGCUAUCGUGCACAAAUGUUCGCCGCACGACCAAAUCCCCAACCGAAAAACGCUACGGAUAUUAAACGAACAUUUUGGGAAUGUAAAAGAUUAUAUAUUGCAAUCGCGAUAACGGAAAAGUCUGGAGCCAAAACUAUAGAGAAGACCUGUGAUUUGGCUAAAACAAAUUCCGAACCGGUUAACUGAGUGGAGGACUAACAUAAUUUAUGCAAAUGAAUAGUGGUUGCAAUCAUUUGGCGAAGGUAUGGGGUCGUGGAACUCUACGUUGGUUGUGGCAUUGCUGUUUACGUCAGCAAAACUUACCCCCAAUGUUUACAAAGUUGCAAGAUCACGCGUAGAUAUAUCAUUAUAAAACGUACGUGUACAAAUCUAUUAUUUCCCUACCUUGCACUGUAUAGCAAAUUAAUUGCAUGAAGAUUUAAAUUUGUCCUUCUUUAUUUCUGCUGAAUUGCAAGGAGCAGCUAGUCGCCCAGUCAUGUUGUUGAUGUAGAACACGACAUACAAAAUGUCAUCUAAUCAGGAUCAUAACAUAAUCUACAUCACGAGGGAAAGCGGCAGUGGACCUCAGCUGACUCUCCAGUACUAUCUGAUCUGAUGUCGUACUUUGACCUCCAAGGUAAACGUUCAGUCGACCAAACAAGUAUCGCCCGGAAGUCAGUCAUGGGACUACCAUGAGGACGGUGCACUCAAUUAUCACCCUCCUUCUUUGACGUUUCUGACGAUUAUGCUUGAAAGUCAAAAAUUUCGAAGCAAGGUAUGAUUCGAUGUUGAGAACGUGACAGGUCGGUAGUAACUGAAGUCAGCGUUAAGUUUCUGCUGAAGGCUCCAUCCCAGCACUAUGUCGAACGCCAGGAACUGGGUCGGCCUUUUCUUGUUGGGAGCUAUCAACAACUUACCUUACGUCAUCAUCAACUCAGCAUCCAAGACCAUAGCUCAGAGUUUUGGAGUGCAGAAUUUUGUGGGACUGGUGUUUGGAGCAAACGUGUCAUUAGCUGCAUUUGUUAGAGUGCUUAAUGCAUUUGUCCUCCUGAAGACCCCAUACUGGACCAGAAUAUUUGCCAAUGGAGUUCUCAUGCUACUUGGCUUGUUUGGGGUGGCGUAUGCUUUCAACUUUCCAUUUGCUCUGGCAUGCAUUGUAGUUGCUGGAAGUAGUGCUGCAUUUGGAGAAAAUGUUACCCUGGGUUACCUGUCCCUGUUUCCCAGCAAGCUGGUCAAUGGUUGGUCCAGUGGAACAGGCAUGGCUGGGUUACUUGGUGCUGGAAUUUACAUCAUAUUUGGCUGUUCGGUUGGCACUGGUGGUGGCAAGGCAGAGCAAUUAAAGUACUUGAACAAGAUGGCUUUCCUUCUGACCACACCUGUUGUAUUGAUCUACUGGUUCUCCUAUGCUAAGAUCAUCCAAAGGCCAAGGCAGGUGAGAGAACCAGCAGAAACAAUGCCUGCAGAAGAUGCAGAGGAGAGGAAAGCUCUACUGGACAACUCUAUAAACACAGGACAAGAAAUUGUGGGAGAAACCUUCAUGGCCAGGUUGUGGCGCUGCCUGAAACUGGUUCUGUGGUUAGCUGUAAAUCUUGGCCUGGUGUACCUAUUUGAGUAUGUAGCACGAGCCUGUGCUGCAAAAGUACGACCCAAAGAUGAAUACAACAUUGGCUGCCCAGAGCUGUACUCCGCACUGCAGUUCUGCUAUCAGGCAGGUGUUUUUGCCUCCCGAUCAUCUCUACAGAUUGUCCAGAUCAGAAGAGUGGAAAUCCUUACCUUACUUCAGGGGAUCAACAUGGUGGUGUGGGUGUUGGAUGUCCAU